AGCUUGAAACUGGCAAAAAAUGCCGAAAAAGUUCGCUAGCGAGAAUCCAAAGGUGACGGCGGCUCGAGACCGGAAGGCGACCGCAAAGAAGGACGAAGCCGACAAAAAAGCCAAGGCCACCGAGGACGCGAAAUGGGUUGACAAUGAUAAGCUCAACAAUCGGAAAAUGCAGAGAAAGGAGGACGACGAGAAGAAGCGUGAGGAGGCGUUGCGAAGAAAAGAAGAGAAUAGAAAAUUGGCGGAGGAGGAGAUGAGUAGUCUUGGAAACAAGAAACCAGCCGGAGCAGCUACUCAGAAAGUCACGAGAGCUCAUAUCCAUAUCCGUAAGGAGGACGAAGAGCGCAUCAAUCGGGAGCUCGAGGAGAAGCGGAAGCAAGAAGCUCAGAAAAUCGAAGUGGCUGGGGAUCUUCUUGUGGAGAAUCUCAACAAGUUGGAAGUCGAAGAGGGUGAAGCUCGAAAUGUGGACGAUGCGCUGAAAGUACUUGGAGAGGAGAAGGCGCUGGAUGAUGAUAAGCAUCCCGAGAAACGAAUGAGAGCCGCUUAUUUGGCCUUCGAAGAAGCUCGGCUCCCCGAGCUAAAACUGAAUCAUCCAACGUUCCGCCUGUCGCAAUUGAAGCAAAUUCUCAAGAAAGAAUGGCAAAAAUCGCCGGAAAAUCCGCUCAACGCUCGUCUUCUGGCUCUCAACUCCUAAAUACAUAUGGACCAUAAUUUCCUAUUUGCCCCUCGGUUUCGGUUUCUCGUCAAUUUUUUUUCUUGGAAUUUUAUGGGUUUCUGUGUAGUUUUCCUGUUGUGAAAAUGCAUAAAUAAAUAUAUAUAGAAUGUUUG